AGGCCAGCUGUUAAAAGAAGGUGCGCGCCCACGCCCACAUUCCGAACAGUGAUGGCUUUUGAUUGGCCUGUAUUACCAAAACAAGCGGUGAAUGUGUUUUGACGACAGACAGAAUAACAGAAUCAGGGUUAGCCCAGCGAACAAACGCCUGGGAGCUCUCGCUCUCUCUUGCGCCCAUCUAGCCUGCCUUCGUGUGCUUGAGAGAGUCAAACGAAGACGGCUGAACAUCACGAGUGCUUGCUGUCGACUACGUCCGACUACGUCCCUACGUCGUUCGAGACAUACGAGCGGUUGCACCGCCAAGAUGGAUCUAUCGCUGCUAUCCCUGCCGGACGACGCGCUGCUGGCCGUGCUGGCCUACUUGCCUCCGAGGGACCUCUUCCGCUGCCGCGUGGCGUGCCGCCGCCUCAGGGACCUCUGCGUGCACGCGGACCUGUGGCGCCCCGUGCGGCUGGAGGAUGGGGGCAUCAUCCGCGCCGCCCUGCGCUUGGUCCCCUGCCUGGCCGGCAUCGACGUCUGGUGUACCAGUCGUGACUUGGAGCUGACGGCCUCCGUCCUGUCCACCAGCUCGUGUGUCGUCAACAAGCUCGUAAUCCGCGUCUGGGACGACGCCAGCCUGGCUUGGGCCACGGCCAUUGUCGAAAGGAUGUGCGCCCUCGGCGGCCUGCGAUCGCUUCACCUGAAAAUGCAGUACGAAAUGCCCACCGAGCCCUUGCCCCCACUCAUGAGAAUGCUGUACGCCAUGCGGCAACUCCGUGAACUGCAUUUAUACAUUGAUGCGUGGUUAUUUGAGGCGGCGUGGCCGGGCGACGGGAGGGCGUUUCUUACCACGCUGAAGUACGAGGCAGUAGUGGCCGCCGAGAACAUGCUCGAAUCACUCUUGGCAACGCAUGCCGCCACGCUCGAAGAAGUGGACUUUGGAUUUUCAGAAGUCCCCGUGCCUUUGCUGGCGAAGUUACCAAGACUGCGCCACUUGACCUACGUCCCGGCAAAGAUCUGCAUUGAUCAUCUACCUCAAUUGCAUGCGUUGUUCCCCAGGCUCGAGACUCUCAAUUUGUCAGACAUAUCGGAGGAGCCAUUCUUUCCCCCUCAGCUGUUGGACUUGCUCCGCAAGUCAUCCAAACUGAGGUCGAUUGCGCUAGGACUACCAGCGGUCAACCCUGUUGCGCCCCUGGUAGCUUUGGGCCAGUCACCCUCCGCCCCCUACAUCAAGUCCCUGGAGCUGUCCUGCAACUCGCUGGAUCUGGUGGAAACUGUGCUGCCCCUGUUCCCCUCCCUGCAGACUCUGGUCGCGAACGCGCGGCCGUCCGACCAGUUCCUACAAGGAAUCAGUCCCAAGUCGGCGCCAAGCCUUACUUUGCUGUCCAUCAUCUGUGGUGACCAUGGCUCGUGCCACCACGCCUCGCUCCAUCGUCCCGCCAUCUUGGACCUUCUUACCAGGAACACUGCCCUGCACCUCCUACCGUGGUCAGAACACUUCAAGGUCCCCACGUCCUGCGACUGCGAGUUCUGCCUCUUAGGCUGCCACGCGGAGCUCAAAGGCCGGUCCUGGAGUGACGGAAAGAGGCCCAGGUUUGCAUCGCACGCGAGGAGGGCUGGAUGCUUCAGCGACUGCACUAGGAUCUGACGUAGCCGUCUCAUCUACGGCGCGCAUGUAUCCGCGCAUCUGUCUGGCCCGAUUCCUUCGACUGAAAAUUGUAAUUAACCCUUCAGUUAUUGUUUCUAUUUUACUCAUCAAUGCUGACCUGUCAUGUCUGAAGCAAGUACUGUAAUUACUUUGAAUAAGAACCCGAGGCAAUUUAUACACCUUCGGAGAUGUGCUCUCUUGACUUUAAUAAGUAAAGCUACAUUUUGGAUGA